AAACAGAAAAACAUGGGACUCAACCUCAUUGUUUAUCAGUCUAUCAUGGUAAAAAAAUUCCUUGGUGGUUAUGUUGUAUUAUCCCAACAUUGUAAGAAAUUAUAUUGCUUUUUUGUUUUUUUCAUUUUUUCAGUACUUUAAGCAUGUUUUUCUGAUAAAGAUCUAUGCUUUCCAUUACUUUAAAGCCUGUUGAAUAGUGGGGUUUGAAUCAUUUUGUGAAUAGAAGGAAAAACCCUUGCCAUUUGCGAAAUGUGGCUUUGUUUUGUAUACUAGGUUCUCUUCAGGUAAAAGAUAUGGCAUCCUCAACUCUAUCCUAGGUGCAUUCAUUCAUUUUGUGGCCGAAAUUCUCAGAAGAUCAUUCUCUUGUUGAGUAAUCUAAACAGCAAAUCACAGGUAGAAGAGUAUGCCUCUUUUUUGGUCAGCAUCAGAAAAAGGAAACUGUGUGUGUAGACUAGUAGAUAUCAAAAUUUGUUUAUAGGCCAAUUUUGUUGAGGAGGUAAAUCUUGAAGAGGCAGUGCAGCUAUUUUACUUAAGUCUGUGGCUUGUCGUUGAUAGGCAUAUGGCAGUUCUUAAAUCUGUAGGUGCAGAUUUCGACGAAAAGCAUCAUGUUUUAGCUCCAUUGAGGGUUUUAAGGGGCCUGAUCUGUUUGUUGGUGCUGUUUUCAACAGCAUUUGUAAUGUUAGUCUUCUUUGGCUUCAAUGGUGCUGUUAUAGUUCGACUUUUUAGCAUGAAUUACAGCAGAAGAGCAACUUCCUUUUUCUUUGGUGCCUGGUUAGCUUUGUGGCCUUUUCUCUUUGAAAAGAUCAACAAGACUAAAGUUGUGUUUUCUGGAGAUAUUGUUCCUUCUAGAGAACGAAUCCUGCUGAUUGCAAAUCAUAGAACCGAGGUUGACUGGAUGUAUUUAUGGGACCUUGCAUUGCGGAAAGGAUGUGUCGGAUACAUAAGAUAUAUACUUAAGAGCAGCUUGAUGAGACUUCCGGUUUUUGGUUGGGCAUUUCACAUAUUAGAGUUCAUUCCGGUGGAAAGGAAGUGGGAGGCCGAUGAAUCAACCUUGCACCAUAUGCUUUCAACAUUCAAGGAUCCUCAAGAUCCUCUUUGGCUUGCUCUUUUCCCGGAAGGCACCGAUUUUACUGAGCAGAAGUGUAUUCGGAGUCAAAAGUAUGCUGCAGAACAUGGGUUACCGAUUCUGAAAAAUGUUUUACUUCCAAAGACAAAGGGCUUCUGCACCUGCUUGCGAGAGUUGAGAGGUUCUCUGACUGCAGUUUAUGACGUGACUAUUGGCUACAAAUACCGCUGCCCAACUUUCUUGGACAAUGUCUUUGGGGUGGAACCUUCAGAAGUUCAUAUGCACAUCCGCCGAUUUCCCCUUGAUUGCAUACCGGAAUCUGAACAGGAAAUUUCCAUGUGGUUGGUAGAUAGAUUCAAAGUAAAGGACCAUCUGCUUGCGAAUUUUCAAUCUCAAGGUCAGUUUCCUGAUCAAGCAACCGAAUUGGACUUGCCUACUGCAAAAAGCUUUCUGAAUUGUAUCACAGUUAUUAUGGUGACCGGCACAUGCAUAUACUACACUUUCUCCUGUGUCUGGUUCAAACUCUAUGUGUCUUUAGUCUGCGCUUAUUUGAUUCCAGCAACAUCUUUCAAUAUUCGGCCUCAACCGAUUCUCAGCUUUCUGAAGAUGAGAUCUAAGUGUCACCCUUAGAGCAUGGAUUUGUUGCUGCAUGCAAUUCUAUUUGUAUGAAAAUCCGUUCAGAUUAAUAUGACAAAAAUGGUGAUAGAUCAACCAAGUUUUGCCUCAUAUACCUAUUAUGAUUCUUAAAACUUCUUUAGGAUUCAUGUGUUUAGCAACAAUGUUUUUUAUGUCAC